GCCCAGCACUCCAGCGGCACCCUUCCUGUCCAGCGCCAAAAGAUAACGGCAACAGGCCCAGCGAUUUCGUCUCGUUGCGAUCCAACAUCGCAAAAGGCGCCUGAUCUGCCUCACACGUGGGAAUGAGGAGGCUACCUGGGCCCUCGUUGGCGAUUCCCCCCUUCAAAGCGCGGCCGCCGAGAGUGCCUCAGGGCGCAUCUCCAGCAUCAUGGCCGCAGCGAUACCGACCUAACAAAGCGGCCUGCCUGUCGACGGCGGCGACGACGAGAUCGACAACAACGCCGCCGCCGUCGCAAGCAAAUUCUUCCGGCCAGAAAUCACAAACACAAACGCAACAGCCAUUUCGCUUCGAGACCGGCGUCUCCCUCUUCGCCAAGCGAGCGCCGCGACCGUUCCCGCCGCCCUUCCUCUCCCCUCCGUCAGGCUCCUUCUCCGAUCCGCUCAGUACCCAUCACCGAAGCCGCGAUCGGCGCGCGAGAGUCGACGGACAGAUCAUUCUCGGACAGACAAACGGAGAUGAUGCGGUGUUCGCCAGCGACAACUUCAUUUGUGCCAACGAUGGUGUUGGUGCUUGGUCAACACGCCCGAGGGGCCAUGCUGGCCUCUGGUCUCGCUUGAUUCUACAUUACUGGGCGACAGCCAUUCAGCAAGAGUUCACCAACCCUCGCGCCGCGGGAGACGUCUACAAGCCCGACCCGGUAGCCUAUCUCCAGACGGCGUAUGAGCAGACUCUGAAAGCGACUUCGGACCCGAACGACUGGCAAGGCACCACGACGGCGAGCGGAGCGCUGCUGCACUACAAGACCCUGCAAGGAGGCAGCGAGAAGGUGCCCCAGGUCUACGUCACCAAUCUCGGCGACUGCCAAGUCAUGAUUCUCCGACCCAGGCACGAAAAGGUCGUCUACAAGACCAAGGAGCAGUGGCACUGGUUCGACUGCCCCCGCCAGCUAGGCACCAACAGCCCCGACACCCCCAACACGGAAGCCGUUUUGGACAUUGUGGAGAUUCAGGUCGGGGAUGUGGUCCUCGCCAUGUCGGACGGCGUCAUCGACAACCUGUGGGAGCACGAGAUUGUCGACAGCAUUCAGAAGAGCAUAGAACGCUGGGAGAAUGGGGAGUGCGGGGGCGACAGAGUCGAGGGCGACCGGACGGGCGGCGCAAACGGGGGCAUGAAGCUCGCUGCCGAGGAGUUGGUCGCGGCCGCGAAGAAGAUUGCGACCGAUCCAUUCGCGGAAAGCCCGUUUAUGGAGCAUGCCAUUGAGGAAGGGCUACCGAGCGUUGGAGGUAACUUAUCGGCUCCGCCAGGCCGUGAUGUUUCACUGAGGCUAACGAAGGAAACAGGCAAACUCGAUGACAUUAGCGUCGUAGCUGCGCUUGUUAGGAAACAGGAUGCAUGAUGAGGAGGGCGAUAUCACGAACUAGGGCAAUCAUGGGAAAUAGAAUUUACGGAAAAGGUCCCGCAGGGGCAGGCUGCAAUUAUUAUGGCAUACGCCCUACCCGAGUCGGGAUGACAGUGGCCAUCUUUUGGGAGGUACUUGGCGUUUGAUUGGCUUUUGAUAUUCACAGGAAUCCAUGGAUAGUGCAGAGUUUGCCGCUAAUUGAACAAAUAUCACCAAGAUCCAGC